AUGUGUCUAAAGAUGACGAACGUGCUGACGGUUCUACUCGGAUUUUUCUUAAUCACGGCUGUCAUCCAGGUCUCAGCCGAGGAUGUGUUCACAAUUUUCUUAGAUGGCGGCAAAGAGUUCAGCGCCCUAAAAGCAGACGUGGACGCAAUUCGAAUUUCCGGAAAUAAAUUGAAUACAGACUUGUCAAAUAGAUUAAACAAAAUCGAAAGCUCAAUUGAAAAGUUGACUGGGAUGAUGCAGAAUUUGGCCAAGAAUGUUAUUUCAGCAUGGAAUCGUUGAAAGUUGCUCGUAACUGUAAGAUUUCAAUUACCGAUAUAAACCGGAAACAUAAACUUUAACGUGAAGCAGUAAAUUUUUUCUGGGCAAUACCCGUUCCGCGCUCCAAUUUCUAAGCUCCGUUUAUAUAAAAGUAAGAAGUGGAUUUAAUUCACGUGGCUUCAGUAUAAUAAUUUAAAUAGCUUGGAAAGGCUAAUUAUUGGUAAUAAAUUCUUCACAGUAACUUUUAAAUAAAUUGGAAUGUUAUUAUUUCGCAUUAUGUUUACUGAUAAUUUCGCAUGCCUUUUCAAUGAAAAUAAUAUAUGUAAAUUGUAGCGAUAACGUCAAGUUGAAUAGAGGUGUGUUAUCAAUUUGCGUUCAAUUAUGUUAUAUACUAUGUACAGACGUAAUUCUUAUGAAAUUGUAUCCGAAAGCCUGAUUAUUUAUAAUAUGUGUUUGUAACCGUAAGUAAAAGUUAUUAGAAAUAUAUUAACAUGGCGGUACGAAAAAUUUGCGAAAAUUUUGA